AUGAGGUCCCACGCUCUUCUCGCUCUGGUCCUCUGCAUCUUUGCAGCUUGUGCAGCUGCCUGGAACAAAGAAGACCAUGAGAUCUUCCGUCUUCGUGAUGAAGUCGCCAAAGCAGAGGGAAGCAACGUAACAUUCUACGACCUCCUCGGCGUCAAGCCUGGCGCGUCCCAAGAACAGCUCAACAAAGCCUACCGCAAGAAGUCGCGCGAACUGCACCCCGACAAGGCCCGUCAGGCUUUCAUCGCAAACUAUGCAAAGAACAGCGGGAAGAAGGGCAACACGCCCGGCGUCAAGGUCAGCAAGGGGCCUUCAAAGAGGGAAAUCGACGCGCAUAUGAAAAAAGUCACGACCCGCUACCAGAGGCUCUCGGUUAUCGCCAAUAUCCUCAAGGGGCCAGAGCGAGAACGCUACGAUCACUUCUUGAAAAAUGGCUUUCCCGCUUGGAGAGGUUCGGGAUACUACUAUGAGCGCUUCCGCCCAGGUCUUGGUUCCGUCAUCGUUGGCCUUCUCCUCGUUUUUGGCGGUGGGUUCCACUACUUUGCCCUGCUCAUGGGUUGGAAGCGUCGCAAAGAGUUUGUCGAGCGCUACAUUAGGCAUGCACGCAAGACGGCCUGGGGCGACGAGACAGCUAUCCAAGGUAUCCCCGGUAUCGACGCCACGCCCGCCGUGAACGCCUUCCCAGAAGAGAGCCCCGAAGACACCCCCGACGAGAAUGCCCCUGAAAUGGUUCCCCGCAACCGCCGUGAGAAGCGCGCCAUGGAAAAGGAGGACAAGAAGAAGGGCAAAAAGGUCAUUUCCACCCGCAGCAAAGUCCGCACCGCCGACAUCAGCGCGCCCGUAGAGCCAGAAAUCACUUCUGGUCCCCAGGGAGCCAAGAAGCGCAUCGUAGCCGAGAACGGCAAAGUCCUCAUCGUCGACUCAGUCGGCAACGUCUUCCUUGAAGAGGAAACCGAAGAGGGCGUCAAAGCCGAAUUCCUCCUCGACCCUGAAGAAGAAUCUAAACCCACCAUCUACGAUACGCUCCUGUUUAAGCUCCCCAAGUUUGCAUACAACCAAACAGCCGGCCGAAUUCUGGGCAAGCAGCAGCUAGUCGAUGAGCCGCUCCUCGACUCGAACAAUCUUCCCGAGGAAGACGCCGCGCUCGCCAAUGCCACAUCGUCUAAUCUUAAUGGCGAAGCAAGGAAACGAAAGACCAUUGCAAAGAAGGCGAGGUAG